AUGUUUACAAUAAACCUUGCCUUGCCUUUUGCUUCGUUCAGGACGUAACAUUUAACAUUGUCCAUUUUGAAGCGUAGCCUGCUUACAGGGUCAGGGGAGGUUGUGUCAGGAAGUUGUUGCUGGCGCGGUGUGUGAGUAAACAAGUGCAGAGCCACUUCAACGGCGGGUGCAUGUAUAAAUUCAAAAUUCCAUGCGAUCAGAAAGAUUUGAAAGUAUGAGUAGUACGUAUACUAUCAUGUGAAACUGAAACUGAACCAUCUUUGUUGAAAAGACAAUGACUACUGUGGGGUACUAUGAGGAGCUUCGGAGUAUGUCUUCUCCAAACAGUGAAAUCCCUUCAUUUGGUUCACGCGACUUUCGUGUUAUACGCUAUUUUUUGCGCGUCCUAUCAGUUUGGCGACCGCAGUCAGCCGGAUUCGUGGAAAGCUACGUCUAUCCUGUGGCUGUGAAUCUUCUAUUGUUGACCGCUGGGAUUCUACGAAAUGUUGUACAAGCCGUUGGUAAGCCCACGUGGCUGAGUAUCCAACUGCUAUACCUCGUCCACGAGAUUGUUGUAUGGUUAGGACAUAUUCUUGCAAACCGCUACUUCGCUUCAAGAGACAUGGAAAUGAAUGUGCUGAACCCAAUUAAGCCGUUAGUCGGAAUUCAGAAACCGUUAAAACGGAAACUAAAAAUUCUAAAUGCUGUUGUGAUUAUAUCGAUGACGUUUGUGACCGUCAUGCUCAGUACGCUAUAUGUAGUGGUGGGUUUACUGUGGUACAAGGGUGCUCAGCGAUUUUCAGCCGCACUGCCUCAUCUCCAUGGUCCUGCUGAUCACGUUUUAUACGGUUUAGUUUUAGUGACCAUAAUCUAUGAUCUCGGAAUAGCACUUGCACUGUUCUGGACAUUGUCACUUUUGUAUUGUUGCUACGCGGCUCGUUUGAAAGCCCUGGAAGGCAUCUUCCUCAGGUGGAAACAAACCUCUGUGGACGCUGUCUCGUUUUUCAUGCAGCUGUACGCGAGGCCGGUAAAGAAUUCCUGGAAGCAAAUGUCCUGGUGGUUUAUCGCGCAUAAUAUUGUGGCUCUCGCGAUACCGCUGUACGGUUACGAGCUGGCGCAGGCUAUUUCCGGUCGCGAGUACCACUCGAAGCACCUUCCACAAUUUAUCUGUUACUUGAUUUUUAUUGUGACCAUCUGGCUUGCGCCAAUAUUUGUCAGUGAACAAAUAAAACGACGAGAGAAGAAAUUUUUGGAGCGUAUCAACAAUAUAUCCCCUUGGUCACUAGAAGCGGAAAAUAACAAUCCGGGGGGCUACCUCCCUGACGAACGUGGCGUGCACACUUUGAAUGGGGAGAGUGGGGUGCGCUGUAUCGUCUUGAAUUCUGAAAAUGAUAUACCUCGCAGUCGCUGCACCUGUCAAAGAGCAUCGCUGGGGCUGAGCUCGACGGGCUCAAAUUCUUCAGAAAAUCCCGAACGUGUUUCGAGGUCCGCGGUGUUUACGUUCGCUUUUCGAGGAGAAGAGCUAAGAAAUUUUCUGAGGUUUCUAAAAGGACGAACGCCCGGAUUGGUUUCGCGCGGUUAUUCAUUCCAGUUAAAUUUGUCGUUUAUUUCACUCAUUGGUGGAGCCAUAUCGUUUCUCACCGAACUACAUUCGGUGAAUUCUGAAAAUAUGUUAUACAAACACUGUAAUGGUACAGUAUCUUAGUUUAUAGUUCCUAUCAUAAAAUGAUGUCGAGCUAUAUGGAUUUUCGGAAUUCUACACACCUUUUCACAAUUUUGAAAUGUGUUAAGAGCUGUCGACAUAAAUUAGCACGCUGUGUAUAUAUAAUGCUGUGAAUAUCUGUCUAUAUUAUGAGUAAUAGCCGAGGUGAAGUAAUUUCCAACGUUUUUUGUGGAAAACGAAUAUAUUUGCAAGCUAGUUCAGAAGGUUUGUUUACUACAAAAUCAUCCAACGUGGACAGCAUGGAGUAUUUAUCGGCAGGAUCUCGCAUGGAUAAGAUAGAAAUAGAUCAUAAAAGCACUAGAUAGAGUGUUUGCCGGGAUCACUGAAAAGGCCCUAACCUGUA